AUGGUUGUUUCUCUCUACCUCUCCCUCUCUCUGCCUCUGCCUCUGCCUCUCCGCUGCUCUUCUUCCCUCCCUCUCUCACUGCCGCACCACCAGCCGUGCCUCCGCCACUCCUCCUCAUGGUCGCCGACAACUGGAGCACCGAUUGCAGGCUCUCUCUCUCUCUCUCUCUCUCUCUCUCUCUCUCUCUCUCUUUGUGCAGUUCGCAUUUUGACACAAAAUCUAGCUGCUUUUCUUAGCAUUGCAUUUCCAAGUCUGCUAGCAACUACCUUGACUAUUGAUGUUGAUACAAGUGGAUCUCCAACUAGGCUUCAGAGAUAUCACCCAGCAAGGGUACUAACCCUAGUUUAUCAACCAUUUGCGCUUGGAACAACUGCAAUACUUGCACACAAUGAAUCCAAGGUUGACACAAGGAGGCGCAACUUGACUGGUUACAUUCGUUUCUUUAUAAGCUCUUUGGCUCUCUUAGUUUUAGGUUCAGCAACAUCAGGAAAAGGAAACAUUGGAAAUUAUACUGGUAUAUGCAUCAUUGUAGCUACUUUGGGAGUUGCAGAUGGCCAUGUUCAAGGAGGGAUGGUUGGAGACCUAUCCUUCAUGUGCCCUACGUUCAUCCAAUCAUUCCAAGCUGGUUUUGCUGCAUCAAGGGCUCUCACAUCGACAUUGAGACUAAUGACAAAAGCAGCCUUUGAAAGAACUGAUAAUGGCCUUUCCAAGGGAGCCAAUGGUUUUUGACGUACAAAUGUGGAUGACUUUUUUUGACAAGUACGGAAGGACAUUGUUUUUAUAUCUUUGUCUGUAUAUAUAGUGGUUCAUACAAAUUAGUUUUUUUGCGUGGUAAAUAUCUAAAAUUUGGCCUGAUAGAAAUUAGCAUUGAAUGUGGUACAAAUUAGUUUUUGGGGCGGUACAAAAUAAAUUUUUGGUGUGGUAUAGAUUUCCUUUUGGAUAUUAAAUUUGGUUAAUCCUCUAUUAUGUAUGGAAUUAAAUUAUUGGGGCUUGGAUUAUACUUGGUUCGUAUGGAAUUUGUAUUACAUUUAGAAUUGGACGUUGAAUAUAAAUUUUUUGGAUGG